AUGAAUGCUCUUAGACAUAAAUUCCGGAUGCCUCCAAAGAGCAGAGGCGUGGAUUCACAGCUUCUUGGUGUUGGCGCGAUUCGGCUUCACGAGCAGAUUCGAGGUAUCGCAACUCGUCAAAGCCGCUUCCAACUCAACACCGGCGCCAGCAUUCCCGCUAUUGGAUUUGGCACCUUUCAAGACCCAGACGCUCAGGAAGAUGCUGUUUCCCGCGCUCUGAAAGCGGGACUGCGUCUGAUCGACACGGCAAGAGUAUACGACGUCGAGAAACAAGUGGGAAAGGGCAUUAAGAGGAGUGGCAUUCACCGAGAGGAGAUUUUUCUUGGAACAAAAUUAUGGUGCAAUUCCUUUCACCCAGAGGAUGUUGAGAAGGCUCUGGAUGAAUCCCUUACGGAUCUCGAUACAUCAUAUGUGGAUCUCCUCAUGAUGCAUUACCCAUGUACCUUUGCCAGGGGCGACGACCGCUUCCCAAGAGAUUCUAACGGCAAGAUGAUUCUGGGGGAAACGACUUUCGUGGAUACCUGGAAGGCCAUGGAAAAACUACUAGAGACCGGGAAGACGAAGGCGAUUGGGGUCUCGAACUUCAGCAAAGGCGAACUGGAAAGACUCAUAGAGGAGUGUAGUGUGGUCAGUAUAGAUGAAGACUAA